AUGGGCAUUGCGGGAUAUAUCUAUGCCCAUGGCGGGCAUGGGAGCAUCGCCGCGGAUCCUGCCACGGAUCCCGGCGUGCACCCGUGCGGGUGGCACCGGGAUUUAAAGGUGGCGCAUAUUCGUCCUGCCGGGGGGCAUAUGCUCUCCGUGUUAGCGACAAGAGAACAAUGCGCGUGGGUUUCGAUGCUGACUGCGUAUUCCAGGGUGGGCGAAAUGGAGCGCGCCCGCAGGAUAUUCGAUGGAAUGCCCGAAAGGAACCUCGUGGCGUGGAACGCCAUAUUCGCGGCAUAUGCCAGAAAUGGGCAUCUGGAAUAUGCGAAGAGGAUAUUUGAUGUCAUGCCUCUGCUGGACAUGGUUUCCUGGAAUGGAAUAUUAGCUUCAUAUGCGCGAGAGGGUUUGAUUCCGGCAAUGGAAGAGAUAUUUGCCUCGAUGCCUGGAAGGAAUCUAAUCUCUUGGACUUGUGUCUUGAACGCAUAUGCCCAGAUUGGGUAUAUUCGGGAAGCGGAGAGGAUCUUUGAAGCCAUGCCGGAAAGGAAUCUCGUGUCAUGGACGUGUAUGGUCACGGCUUAUGUCGUGGUGAUGGAUUUAAGCAAUGCAAUACAAGUGUUUAAUGUGAUGCCUGAGUGGAAUCUUGUGUGUUUGAACGCAAUGCUUGGAGCGCAUAUUCAUAUAGGAAUGUUUUCUCAGACGCAAGCGUUCUUCAAGGAAAUGCCAGAGGCGGAUUUAAUCUCCUGGGUGUCAAUUCUUACAAUUUGCGUAAGAGAGAAUGAUCUUGUCAAAGCUAUUGAGGUUUAUGACAAAAUGCCACAACGAAAUCUGGUGGCAAUGAACGUCAUGCUCUCUGGCUAUGCCGAAAGUGGAGAUGUUGGCAAGGCUAACUCUUUUUUUUAUCAAAUGCCUGCUCACAGCAACGUCUCUUUGACAUUGAUGCUAAAUCUUUAUACUCAAACUGGAAAUCUUGAAGCCGCAAAGGACUUCUUUGACAAAAUUCUGCCCAAAGAUAUCAUUUCUAACAAUUCUAUGCUUUCGGCAUUUGCUUGUUCAGGGCAUCUAGAGGAAUCGGAGAGAAUGUUUUACAGCCUACCAGAGUGGAGCCUCGCUUCAUGGAAUAUUCUCUUGGCCGGAUACAAUCAAUCAGGAAAAUUAGAGCACACAAGAAAAUUAUUCUUGAAUAUGCCAGAACACAGCCAGGUGUCGUGGAAUAUCCUCUUGGCAGCAAAUGCCGCUACAGGGCAUUUUCUUGAGUUAAAGAGUUUGUUCGAUACGAUGCCCGAUACUGACGCCGCGUCGUGGACCACACUUCUCGCCACGUAUGUCCAAUCCGACCGCUCGAUAGCCGCUGACGUGUACGGCCAGAUGAAGAUGCUCUUCUCGCCCGACGACGUCAGCAUCGUGUUCGCGCUCAUUGCUUGCGGCCACGGCGGGAAGGUCCAGCAAGGGAGGGAUUGCUUUGUGUCCAUGAGUCUGGAUUUUGGAUUGGUGCCGAGCAAGCAGCACUACUGCUGCAUGAUCGAUCUCCUGGCGCGAUCGGGUCGGCUGGACAGCGCGAUCGAUCUCGCGGAGAGCAUGCCCUUUGAGGCGAGCAGGAUCGAAUUGAUGUGCCUGGUGGGCGCUUGCGGCAGCCAGAGAGAAAUCCGGCGAGGAGGAGAGGCGAGCAAGAUCGCCCUCGAAUUUGAUCCGGGCGAUGGAAGGGCGAUGGUAAUGCUUGCUAAUCUCUACUCGCAAAAGUAA